AAACCUGAUAACAAUCAAAUUCAAAGUUCUUCAGAACAAAAUAAUAACAUUAAUAGACAUUACACUACUCCUAGUGAAGAUAUUAUGAGUCAAGAGGAUGGUUAUGGUCGCCAAUUUUUAAUAUGGGAUUCGCUUGCCCAUAUAUCUAAGCCUGUGCUUGACAGAUUUCAACCCAUUCGUAGGUUGGGAUUUAUGAAUGGAGGGAAGCUUCGUUCGAUUGAUCAUUUUCUUAAAAAAUUUAAUUAUUUGGAUCGUCGCAUCGCUGAAUUGCGUUCUAUCCCAAUUAAUGGUUCUACGGGUCCUUAUAAGGCUACGGGUACUGGCUUUGUAACUUUUCGUGAUCAUAUCACCAAGAGACCUACUUUGGGAAAAUUUAAUUAUGCGAUUUCGGGAGAAUAUAAUCCGUUCUAUUAUUGUUAA